ACAAAUCCGAUUGAUAGCCUGACCAUUUUAUUUGGUCUAGUGAUAUAGGUAGAAAAUCAUCUAUAGAACCGCACGAAAUCAACACCCUUGAUCACAUUAAUCUGUGUAUAGAAUUUUUCGAGAUCUGAGCUCGACAGAACCUUAACGUACCGUCGGAUUAUAAACACCAUUUUUUUACGCACGUCAGACGGUUUCUGCAACAUCAGCCGGUUUCUGCAACAUCAGCGUACGCCUUACGUUGACCGCGUGAGCACAUCAAAAUUCCAAAUUCUGAUCUCUAUCUCUUUGAAAAUUCGAAACCCUAGCUUGGCCUUACUUCACUCCCGUGUGUGAUCAUCCUGUGCAUCAAUCUCUUUCCACUCUAAGCUUGUGUAUUGUGAGACAUACAUUGAAAUAUUAUAUACUGGGUUUUUGAACUUUGAGCAUCAAUCACUUUUGAGACCUCCAGGGCAGGGCGCUUGAAUGGAUUCUGGAUCUGCUGAUUCUUCAACUUCACUUCCUACUAAGGCUACCGUAGAUGCUAGAAUAGAUAAUUCUUCUGUUGAUCCACCACCAAAACUCCCUGCUACUGGUAUAUCAACAUGGGCCAAAAAUUUGAAAAUUCCUCAGCCAUUUGCGGGUACACAAGAAGAUUCACCAACUGCAAGCUCUGCAAAAUCAAGUUUUGCACGUUUUACCAGCAGCUUUGGACUGCGCUUGUCUCCAAAAUCUUCCCAGGCAGAAGAUGUUUCUGAGGGAACUUCAACAACUGCCCAACCUGGUUUAUUUGGAACAAUUACAAAAGGUUUAGUUGACUCAUCUAAGAGUGCAGUCAAGGCUGUACAGGUCAAAGCUAGACAUGUUGUCUCUCAAAAUAAACGAAGAUAUCAGGAAGGAGGAUUUGAUUUGGAUAUGACUUAUAUUACUGAGAAUAUAAUUGCUAUGGGGUUCCCUGCUGGUGAUAUGAGCUCAGGGUUUUUUGGAUAUGUUGAAGGAUUCUAUCGAAACCACAUGGAAGAGGUCAUUAAAUUCUUUGAAACCUAUCACAAGGACAAAUACAAAGUGUACAAUCUUUGUUCUGAGAGGCUUUAUGAUGCAUCAUUGUUUGAAGGAAAGGUAGCUAGUUUCCCAUUUGAUGACCACAAUUGCCCCCCAAUUCGGCUGAUAAUAUCAUUUUGCCAUAGUGCAUAUUCAUGGUUGAAGCAAGAUAUCGAGAAUGUUGUUGUUGUGCACUGUAAGGCUGGAAUGGCAAGGACAGGGUUAAUGAUUUCUAGCCUUUUACUGUAUUUAAAGUUCUUCCCAACUGCUGAGGAAUCCAUAGACUACUACAACCAGAAAAGAUGUGUGGAUGGAAAAGGGCUUGUUCUGCCCAGUCAAAUUAGGUAUGUCAAAUAUUUUGAACGUGUCCUAACAUACUUCAACGGAGAGGACCCACCUGGGCGUAGGUGCAUGCUUAGGGGCUUUCGGCUCCACAGGUGCCCAUACUGGAUAAGACCCCACAUAACUGUCUCUGACCAUAAUGGUGUUCUCUUCUCCACAAAAAAACACCCAAGAAUCAAGGAUUUAUCGUCUGAAGAUUUUUGGUUUAGUGCUCCAAAGAAAGGGAUUAUGGUUUUUGCCCUGCCUGGAGAGCCAGGUUUGACAGAGUUGGCUGGCGAUUUCAAAAUCCAUUUUCAUGACCGCCAAGGAGAUUUUUAUUGCUGGUUAAACACAACAAUGAUCGAAAACAGAAAAAUGCUUAACGCUGGUGACCUUGAUGGAUUUGACAAGAGGAAAUUGCCUUCACCAGGAUUCCAGGUCGAGGUUGUAUUAGUAGAUUAUGAUGGCCCUGUUCCAGCAAGCCAUGGUUCUGAAACUGUUAUCAAGAAAUCGGAUGAAAGCUCAGGUUGUGAUCCUGCUUCUGGUAAUCAUGGUGUAGCUGCUGAAAAGGAAAAUAAGGAAACAGGAAAUCCUGAUAAUGAUGAUGUGUUUUCAGAUGGUGAGGCUGAAGAAGGUGGUUCUUCCAAAGCCAAGAAAGCUCCAGCAACCGGAGGAAUUGCAUCAGCCACCUCUAGUUCUGAAACAAAAAGUAAUUCCAAUAGAGUGGAUAAUUUAGCGCAUGCAACAGAGAAAGUUUCACUGGGAAAUGUUGGUGCUCAACCAACACAACCUACCGGUGAGCCAAAAAAGGAAGCAGCCUCAAUAGGGGGAGCUAUCCCAGGUCAUGAGGUUACAAACAGUCAAAGUGAAUUCAAGGCAAUGGCUGCCGAUGCAUCUGUAUUUUCAUUUGGAGACGAAGAGGACUAUGAAAGUGAGUGACCCGGGUGGCUUUGAUUUAGAAGAUCUGUACAUAGAGUGUCUUGCAAAUUAUAUAUAGGCGAUGGGUUGAUCUGCAAUCUAUUGGUUCAUUUGUAUCAUCAGGCCCCUUUCUGUAAAUCAAAAGUUGGCUGGGCACAUAUGAUUGUUUCAUUAAAAUAAGGCUGGAAUUUAUGAGAUUUGUUGUAAUGGAAAACAAAAAACUGCAAAACAUGUUCAAAUUAAUAUGUUUCAAUUUUCACAAGUCUGAAUGAAUCUAAUUUUAAUGAUUUAAAUA